AUGGAUGAAAAACAUGAGAUUUAUGCGUCAUAUUAUGUUAAAGAGAUAACUGAAAGUUGUGUCUUUUACAUCGUGCGACACCGUCCUCUAGGUACAAUGCAGUCAAAUAGUAUAAUGCCCAAGCGUGGUUUAGUUCCUAAACGUGAAGCAUCAAGGAACUUGGGUUCGAAUGUGGGUCCUUGUGCAGACACAAAGAAAACUCAAGACAUGGUUCGAUUCAGUCAGGAUCAUGCAGUGAAGGAUUCAAUUGUUAAGACAAAGAAUGUAGCUGCAGCAGCUGCUGUUGGGGAAACUCAAGAUUAUGUAUCCAUUACACCUCCUUCAAUUUCUGGCACUAUCACCAAUACAUUUGAUGACAACUUUAACCCAUUUGAUGCACAGAGAGGUUGUCCUGAAGCUGUUACUUCUUGUAAAGAAAUUAAUCCAUCCCAUUUAGCGUCUCAACAGGAUGAAGGUCAGAGAAAAGUUCAGUUUUCACUUGGAAACAAUGCCAGUUGUCAGGGGGCCGAUGACCAAAUGGCCACUAGAAUGGAGAAUUUAUCAUCUCAUAUGAAUUCCCUUGCAUUGACAGAAAUGGAGUGGGAUGGAAGCAAUCAAGUAGAAGCAUCAACUGUUGUGAAUAAUGAUUCCAAGCAGCAUUUGCUGAACACAGAAUCUGACAUAAGUUUGAAACCUGAUGGUGGAAUUUCUUCUUCAUUGGCAAAGAGAACAAUUGUUGUCCAGGAUCAGCUGCACCAGUUUAGAAACUUUCUAAGUCAGCCUGCUACUCAAGUUUCUGUUGUAGGCUCAUCAUGUGCCACCUCAACAUCAAUCCAUUCUACUUCAGCACCCAUGCUGAAUUCAACAACCUAUUGCUCUCGUUAUCAAGAUGGCAGUGCUCAUGGUGCUGGAGAACCUCGGGGAGAUUGCAAUAUGAAUUCCGAGCCUGUAAAUCAAGCAGAUAUGAUGCAGCCUUCAUGUCCUUCACUUAAAGAUAUCAAUAGAAUUCAAGUUGAUCAGACAGCAAACAGUGCCCAGGUUUCUACCUCUGUUAUUGACACCAGAGUUGAAGUUCAGGAACAUGAAUUGUCAAAGGAGCAACAAGGCAAUGUGAUAAAGGAAAGUUGUAUCCCCAAGGAUCUUUCUCUGCAUGAUGAUAAGUCAAUGGAAAGGCGUCAACUUGCAGGCCAUAUCACCAAUGUACAAUCUCAGGCUCCAUCGUCCAAAAGCUCUUCAUCUGAUGUGAAGUUAGAGACUUUUAAACCUGAAAAGCAAGAAAAGCCUGCAAGUGGUAAAGGAGUGUCUGCACCUCGUAAACGAAAUUAUGAUCCUGACUUGUUCUUUAAAGUCAAUGGAAAGCUCUAUCAAAGGCUUGGCAAGAUAGGUAGCGGAGGAAGCAGUGAGGUUCACAAAGUCAUUUCAUCGGACUGUACAAUCUAUGCACUUAAGAAAAUCAAGCUUAAAGGUCGUGAUUAUGCUACUGCAUAUGGGUUCUGUCAGGAAAUUGAGUAUUUAAACAAGUUGAAGGGAAAGAACAAUAUUAUACAGCUAAUAGACUAUGAGGUGACAGAUAAAACUUUGCUUCGAGAAGUCUUGAAUGGCUCCAUGAGCAACAAAGACGGUAGAGUCAAGGAUGAUGGAUAUAUAUACAUGGUACUAGAGUAUGGGGAAAUUGAUUUGGCUCAUAUGCUGUCCCAGAAAUGGAAGGAAAUGGAUGGCUCCAAUCAGACCAUAGAACAGAAAUGGCUUCGAUUUUACUGGCAGGUCCUCUUAGCUAAACUUUAUCUCGGCUGUGAACACCAUUAUGAGGAACGUAUUGUCCACUCUAGUUUGAAGCCAGCUAAUUUCCUUCUUGUCAAAGGUUAUCUAAAGCAUGAUUUUGGUAUUGCCAAAGCCAUAAAUAGUGAUACAAACAACACAAGGGAUUCACAGGUGGGUACCCUGAGCUACAUGUCACCUGAAGCAUUCAUGUGCAAUGAAAGUGACGCAAAUGGAAACGUGAUAAAAUGUGGUCGGCCACAGAUAUAUGGUCUCUUGGUGCAUCCUUACACAAUGGUGUAUGGGAGGACACCCUUUUCCGACUAUAAAACCUUCUGGGCCAAGUUUAAAGUUAUAACAGAUCCUAACCAUGAAACGUAUGAACCAGUUUCCAAUCCAUGGCUUCUUGAUCUUAUGAAGAAGUGUCUUGCGUGGGACCGCAAUGAAAGGAGGAUUCCUCAGCUCCUUCAACAUCCUUUCCUUGCCCCAAUCCCAUCCCAACAAUCUCCAUCUCAAGACCAAAACUGUAAACUGCUUGAACUUCUGGCUGAAUCUUGUGCCAGUGCGGAAGCUUCAAUGUUAUGCUGUCAGCUUAGUCAACUACUUAAGGACCCAGUCAUGCCGAUAACAUGCCAGUUAUCAACUCAAGAGACCAACAAUAAGUUGCUUUCUGAAAUGUCACAGCUUUGCGUUGAGCUCCAAAAACGGUUAUCAGAUCAAUGAAGAGAACAGGUAGAGACAGUAGUGUAAAUUAUGUUAGAUUGUUUAACAGGGUGAAGUAAUGUUUCAGGCUAGAAGGAUAUGUAGCUAUGUAUAAACAUUUCUGUUGUGUGUUUUAAGUUUGGAGUAUGAGUUGGAAAGGAAAUUAUGCUCCAAUCAAAUCAUGACAUGGUCCUGUUUCUGGUAGAACGGCUGCUGUUUUGUGUGAUUUUGUUAAUAGUUUGGAACACAUUUAUGUACAA